AGCAGAUGCCGUCCAUCAUGGCGGCUCCCAGCUGCAGGUGUCUCUCACCGUGAGGUUGUUCGAGGUUCGGUGACGCAGGAUGAGGUGAAGAGCUUACCUGUCUGAGGUGAGACACACAGAGCGCGAGCUGGCGGGACGCCGUCAGAAGAGGACUUCCGGUCCGCCUUUCUAGCGCCAGCAGCAGAAAAACAGAACCAAACAGAACCAAACAGAACCAUAUGUGUUCGGCAGGUGAACAGAUUUGAGAUAAACACACAUGCGGGCUUUGACUAGACAGCAGCUCUCCAGGAAUCCUUCCGGCUGAUCAGUUUGGUUCCUGAUUAAAUGCUUUUACUGACCUGCACGAACUUUAGACAUAUUCUGUUCAAUUUUACGCGGUUUGGCUUCUGCUCAUGUUCAUUAGUCUGAAGAUGAUUCUUUUUAUCAUCUGCUGAUUUAGUUCAGCUGUUUUCUUUCAUUCGGCUUCGGUUUAAGAAACUUUUAUUUUGAAAGAUUGUGUCUUGCAUGUCUCAGAUCAGCUGACGGAGUCUUUCCGUUUCUGUUUCAAAUUCAAUUUAGAAAUCCUUUAUUGAUCCCAAAAGAAAAUAAAUGUUAUAAGUCAUUAAUUCAACAUUUUUGAAAGUUCUUGUAGACAGUGACCUGCUGUAGCAGUCUGUCUCACAUGGAUCUGGAAGAAGCUUCUGACUGACACCGUCUCAUGCAGGGGAUGGUCAGAGUUUCCCUUCAUUUUCUUGAUUUCAUGUGAAAUCCUUCUUUGCAUCAUCAUCAUCAUCAUCAUCAUGUCCAGAGUUUUCACAAUAAAAGUCAAAUAAAUCCAUCAAAAUGCUUUUCCUCCAGUGAGGACAGAUGCAGUUUGUCUCCUGGCUGAACAGAAACACCUGUCCUCCACCUGUGUCCUCUGUAGCUAUGAGUGUGAUGUCAUCAGUGAUGCGUGCUACACGGCUGCUCCGGAGCUCCGCCCCCCUGCUCACCUGGCCUCAGAGCAGCCGACUGGCCUCCAAGCAGGUCAAAGGUCAGAGGAAGGAGCAGAAGAAGCUCAAAGUGGACAAACAGGAAGUGGAGAUCAGACAGGGCAUGACGGCGGCGGCGCUGGCGGCGGCCAUGAACAGAGACUUUGACCACGUUCUAGAGGCGCUGCUCAACACGCCGGCGGACCUGGACUCGCUGCGGCCUGACUCGGUUCUGGAAGACAGCUGGAUCAAGGAGGCGGUGAUCCGGUCCGGGAUGAAGUUCAGAUGGGCCAAGCUGAGCGAGAGCCGAGAGCGGCCCAACAGAGACGCCCAGAGGAGGCCCCCCGCUGACCCCGCGCUCCUGGCGAGUCGCCCCCCGGUGGUCACCAUCAUGGGUCAUGUGGAUCACGGGAAGACGACGCUGCUGGACAGCCUGAGGAAGAGCCAGCUGGUCGCCAUGGAGGCCGGCGGCAUCACGCAGCACAUCGGAGCCUUCCUGGUCCAGCUGCCCACCGGGGAGCGGAUCACCUUCCUGGACACGCCGGGCCACGCCGCCUUCUCCUCCAUGAGGGCCCGCGGCGCCAACGCCACCGACAUCGUGGUGCUGGUGGUGGCGGCCGACGACGGCGUCAUGAACCAGACCGUGGAGUCGGUCCAGCACGCCAAGAACGCCAAAGUCCCCGUCAUCGUGGCGGUGAAUAAGUGUGACAAGCCGCAGGCCGACCCCCAGCGGGUGAAGCAGGAGCUGCUGGCGCACGGCGUCGUCUGCGAGGAGUUCGGCGGCGACGUUCAGGCCAUCCACGUCUCGGCUCUGAAGGGCGAUAACCUGCAGGCUCUGGCCGAGGCCACGGUGGCGCUGGCCGAGGUUCUGGAGCUGAAGGCGGACCCGGACGGCCCGGUGGAGGCUGUCGUUAUCGAGAGCCGAACCGACAAAGGCAAAGGCCCCGUGACUACGGCCAUCGUCCAGCGGGGGACGCUGCGGCGCGGCUGCGUUCUGGUGGCCGGCCGCUGCUGGGCCAAGGUCCGCUUCCUGUUCGACGAGAACGGGCGCGCGGUGCCGGAGGCGGCGCCGAGCGCGGCGGUCCAGGUGGUCGGAUGGAAGGAGCUGCCGUCUGCCGGAGAGACGGUGCUGGAGGUGGAGUCGGAGCGGGCCAGAGAGGUGGUGGAGUGGAGGAGCCACCUGGCGGAGCAGCAGAAGCUGCUGGAGGAGCAGAGCGCCAUCCAGCUCAAGCAGCAGCGCCACCUGGAGGAGUACCGGCUGGAGCGCGAGCCGCUGGCCCACCUGAGCUGGCGCCAGAGGAGGGCGGAGCUGUACCGGGCCCACAAGAUCCGCUUGUCUGUGCGGCCCAGCGAGCGGACGGAGAGCGACGAGCUCGGCCUGCCGCUCGUCAUCAAAGGUGACGUGGACGGGUCGGUGGAGACGCUGCUGAACGUCCUGGAUGGCUACGACGCCCAGGACGAGUGCCGGCUGGACGUGAUCCACUUCGGCGUCGGCGACGUCUCGGAGAACGACGUCAACAUGGCCGCCGCGUUCGGAGGGUCGGUGUACGGCUUCAACGUGGCGGCGAGCCGCGGCGUGACGCAGCUGGCGGCGCAGAGGGGCGUGGCCCUGCGGCUGCACCGCGUCAUCUACCAGCUGGUGGAGCAGCUGCGCCACGAGUUGAGCAGCAAGCUGCCGCCGCAGCGCCGCCGCAGCACCGUGGGUGAGGCGACGGUCCUCGCCGUCUUCGACGUCUCUGUGGGGAAGAAGAAGGUUCUGGUGGCCGGCUGCCGGGUCCAGAAGGGCCAGCUGGACCGCCGGCUGAAGUUUAGGCUGAUCCGAGGACGAGACACGGUGUGGGAGGGUUCUGUGUCGGCGCUGAAGCACCAUAAGGACGACGUGGCGACGGUGAAGGCGGGGAUGGACUGCGGCGUGUCGGCGGACGGCGAGGUGGACUUCAGCACCGGUGAUGUCAUCGAAUGCUUUGAGGAGCAGGAAGUUCCUCGGGUCACUUCCUGGGACCCCGGGUUCUGACCGGACCGGUCCCUGAGACUGAGAAACGACUCGGUUUGGUUCUGAAACAUUUUAUUAAUAUUUCAUAAAAACAAAAUCUGAUCAUCGAUUCACAUGUUCAAAUAAACGAUUCCAACAUCCA